GCAAUGAGUAAAGAGAAUAUAGUUACAGACUGCAGCUUGUCUUCCCCUCCUGUGUCUCCUCUCCUCCAGCAUGAUGCGGCUCCCCAGAGUUCCCUGUGUGGCAGUUGUGACCCUGUUGUUGACAGUGCUGAGCCCUCCAGUGGCUUUGAUCAGAGACCCCAGAACACGGUUUUUGGAACAAGUUAAACACGAGUGUCAUUUCUACAACGGGACGCAGCGCAUGAGGUAUCUGGACAGAUACUUCUACAACCUGGAGGAGUACGUGCGCUUCGACAGCGACGUUGGCGAGUACCGCGCGGUGACCCAGCUAGGGCGACACACAGCUGAGUACUGGAACAGCCAGGAGGAGCUCCUGAAGCAGAAGCGGGCCAAGGUGGACACAUACUGCAGACACAACUACGAGAUCUUAGAUAACUUCCUCGUGCCGUGGAGAGCUGAGCCCACGGUGACUGUGUACCCUACAAAGACGCAGCCCCUGGAACACCACAACCUCCUUGUCUGCUCUGUGAGUGACUUCUACCCUGGCAGCAUUGAAGUCAGAUGGUUCCGGAAUGGCAAGGAGGAGAAGGCUGGCAUUGUGUCCACAGGCCUGAUCCGAAAUGGAGACUGGACCUUCCAGACGCUGGUGAUGCUGGAGACGGUUCCUCAGAGUGGGGAGGUUUACACCUGCCAGGUGGAGCACGCCAGCCUGACCAGCCCUGUCACAGUGGAGUGGAAGGCACAGUCCACAUCUGCACAAAACAAGAUGCUGAGUGGAGUCGGGGGCUUCGUGCUGGGCCUGCUCUUCCUUGGAGCGGGGCUGUUCAUAUACUUCAGGAACCAGAAAGGACAGUCUGGACUUCAGCCUGCAGGACUCCUGAGCUGAGGUGAGAUGACAUGGUUGAAGAGAGGACUUCUCUCCCUGUCUCCAUGUCAUGAAAACAUGUCCUGAUUCACGCACAUUCCUCCAGAGACAGUGCUCUCCCAGGACCCGGCUCCUCCUGCCUCACCACCCUGGAGAUCUGUGCUCCUGAUGGAUGCUUAGCCCCUGGCCAGGUCUUGCACCCCCCCCCCCC